GAGUGACAUCAAAACACGGCUGGCAGAGACUGCGAGCCCUUCUUUUGCUUCCACCAGCCUCCGUUCACUUCAACAUCUUUGUGGAGGAUUUUCCUUGCUCAGAUCCAAAUAUUGUACCUCAGACUGGUAGUGCAGACAGACAGAGAUGGAUGAGCUACAAGAUGUUCAGCUGACUGAGAUCAGGCCUCUGCUGACCUACAAGAACUCUCAAAACUUCCAAGACUUUGACUGUCAGGAGCAUGACAUUGAGACGCCCCACGGUGUGCUCCAUGUGACUAUGAGAGGAAGCCCUAAAGGCAACCGUCCUGUCAUUCUGACCUACCAUGACAUCGGCCUCAACCACAAGUCCUGCUUCAACACGCUGUUUAACUUUGAGGACAUGAUGGAGAUCACUCAGCACUUUGCCGUUGUGCACGUGGACGCCCCUGGCCAGCAGGAGGGAGCUCCUCCCUUUCCCACAGGGUACCAAUACCCCACCAUGGAUGAGCUGGCAGAGAUGUUACCCUCAGUCCUGACUCAGCUGAAGGUGAACAGCGUGAUUGGCAUUGGUGUGGGAGCAGGAGCGUACAUCUUAACCUGCUUUGCUCUGAAUCAGCCGUCCCUGGUGGAGGGGCUGGUUUUGAUCAAUGUGGACCCCUGCGCUGAGGGCUGGAUAGACUGGGCUGCUUCUAAGCUCACUGGGUGGACUAGCAAUCUCGUGGACAUUGUGAUGGCUCAUCACUUCAGCACUGAGGAGCUGACUGACAACCAAGAACUGAUUCAGACAUACCGCCUGCACAUUGCCCAGGACAUCAACCAGGACAACCUGGCCCUCUUCUGUGGCUCAUACAAUGCGCGUCAAGACCUUGGAAUCGAGAGGCCAGUUGCCGGUCUCAAUGAGAAUACAGUGAAGACACUGACAUGCCCUUCUCUGCUGGUGGUUGGAGACACUUCCCCUGCUGUGGAGGCUGUGGUUGAAUGCAACUCUAGGUUAAAUCCAACAAAGACCACUUUGCUGAAGAUGGCUGACUGUGGCGGUCUGCCUCAGGUUGUUCAGCCUGGAAAGCUGGCCGAAGCCUUCAAAUACUUUGUCCAGGGAAUGGGAUACAUUCCUCAUGUUUUGCUCAGCCAUCUGGGCACUGAAUCAGUACCAGCGGCUGGCAUGACCCGUCUGUCUCGAUCCCGAUCCUCCUCGUCCAGCAUCACUUCCACGGAUGCUUCACGCAACCGCAACAUGAACAGCCCUCUGGACGGACCCAACUCUGGAGUCCUGGACAACCAGGGCAGGCCACAAACUAUGGAGGUCUCCUGCUAAAGCCCGGGGCUCAGAAUCUGCUGUCUGCUGUCCUUUCACCCAUCACCUCCUGUUAUUUGUGUCCUAGAUUCCCAUGUGUUUCUAAACCCUUUAAUAGUGAGGCAGAGGAGGCUUGAAUGAAAUGUAUGAAAUACUGAAGGUAUGCAUAUUAAAUAUUUACAUGUUAAUAAUAUACGCUAG